GCCACGGACGGGUGUUGAAUCUCCUCUGUGGCAACCUGCACCUAAACAACUCCGCAAUUCGCGAUCACUCGACCAAGCCCCCGCGCGCCUGACGAAACUCGCCCGCCAUGUCGAACACAGACUUCCUCGACCGCGCAAUCAAGCAGGUCCGCCUAGCCAUCGACGCCGACAAUGCCGCCCAGUACGAGAAAGCCUACCAGCUCUACUACCAAUCCCUCGAACUCUUCAUGCUAGCCCUAAAAUGGGAGAAGAACCCAAAGUCCAAGGAGAUGAUCCGCGCCAAGACAGGAGAGUACAUGGACCGCGCCGAGAAGCUCAAAGCGCACCUCGCCGACGCCGAAGCGAAGCGCAAAAAGCCUGGGAUGGUGGGUGUUAACGGCACCACGACCGGCGGCACAGGGAAAGGGAAGGAGGCGGGCGAGGACGGCGGAGACUCGCUCGAUGAGGACAGCAAGAAGCUGCGCAAUGCGCUCGCGGGCGCCAUCUUGCAGGAGCGGCCCAACGUUAGAUGGGACGACGUUGCUGGGCUGGAGGGAGCGAAGGAGGCGCUCAAGGAGGCGGUUCUGCUGCCGAUCAAGUUCCCCCACCUGUUCCAUGGCAAGAGGCAGCCGUGGAAGGGUAUCUUGCUGUACGGACCGCCAGGAACAGGCAAGAGUUAUCUGGCCAAGGCCGUCGCGACAGAGGCGAAGAGCACGUUCUUCAGCGUGAGUAGCUCGGAUCUGGUGAGCAAGUGGAUGGGCGAGAGCGAAAGGCUAGUCCGCCAACUCUUCGCCAUGGCGCGCGAGAACAAGCCGUCGAUCAUCUUCAUCGACGAGAUCGACGCGCUGUGCGGGCCGCGCGGGGAAGGCGAGUCGGAAGCGUCGCGGCGAAUAAAGACGGAGAUGCUCGUGCAGAUGGACGGCGUCGGCAAGGACACCAAGGGCGUGCUGAUCCUCGGCGCGACCAACAUCCCCUGGCAGCUGGACGCGGCCAUCCGGCGGCGCUUCCAGCGGCGCGUGCACAUCGGCCUGCCCGACCUCGCCGCCCGCACGACCAUGUUCAAGCUCGCGGUCGGCGACACCAAGACGGCGCUCCGGCCCGAGGACUUCCGCGAGCUGGCCCGCGCGGCCGAAGGCUACUCCGGGUCGGACAUCAGCAUCGUGGUGCAGGACGCGCUGAUGCAGCCCGUGCGCAAGAUCCAGCAAGCAACGCACUUCAAGAGGGUAAUGGUCGACGGCAAGCCGAAGGUCACACCAUGCUCGCCGGGCGACCCUCAGGCGGAGGAGAUGACCUGGGAGAUGGUGUCGUCAGAAGAGCUGCUCGAGCCGGUGGUGGAGAAGAAGGACUUCAUCAGGGCCAUCAAGGCGAGUCGGCCCACUGUGUCGCAAGUGGACCUCGAGAAGAACGAGGAGUGGACAAGAGAAUUUGGCAGUGAAGGGGCGUGAUUGCCUGAAGCGAUGGAGCGCUGGGAGCUGGUUGGUUUUCGCGAGAAACGAGGGCUUCUCGCACACGAGGUCAUUAAGUGUUGGCGUGUGGCGUUCAGUAGAGAUCCAACGGCUUGGCGUAUGGCACGGAUAGGACCUUCCGGGUCCUCUUGCAGAUUGAGCACGAUGAUAAGACAGGGUGAUCUUGAGCCUCCUUCGCAAUGCAUGUUCCCUGUUCGGCAGGGCCAUAGAGUCUGC